AUGGAAGAUCUUCUGAAGCCCUGUCAUUUUGACUGGGCAGACGAGGAUGCUUCCGAGGACUACAACGCCAGUGGAGACACCACAGAGGAGCUGGACGUGUCCAACCAUCGAGAAGAAGAAUGGCUGGAGGCAAUAGACAUAACAGACGACACACAAAUCGAUGAACCGGAGGCCAUAGCAAACCACCCCUUGCCAUUUGACGGCGCAGAUACGAACUUGACAGGAGGUUACAACUUCUAUCGAAGCAUUAAGACCUUAGAUAUUAGAGAGACGAUGCUUAACGUUAUACAGGAAUUUGCCUACAGGAACAGUUGGGUGCUGUCUGCCGACGGCGAGCGAAUCCAUCAUUUUAACUGGAUGGGAUUUCCGGUUUCCAGAUACAGCGGAACUCCUCCUGAAAUAUCACUGCUUUUUCAACUAUCCGACCCGAAGGCUCCCCAGCCCGGGGAUGAGCAUCGUUUCCAGUCGAUUUUCAAUCGGGCACUUAGGUACAUUGACCCCGUGAUUGUCAAUCUUGAGAACAGUGCUAAGAGUGAGGGUCUAAAUCAUCUGAUGCGUUUGAAAGGCUACGACCUUGUCCGCUUUACUACCGGCCGGGUCACGAAAUUCUAUAGUCCACAUGGCUGGUGGAUGAAUGAUGAUCGUGGGAAGGAGGAAAGGACUUCUAUUGAUGAUGGAAUCCUUGAAGUCUACAUGGAUGAGAGACUGAUUACCGGCAACGGAUUCGUGAGACUAGGCAACAUUUCAGACCGCUCCCAGUGGGAAGAAUCGAGGGACGAGAACCUCGAUAACCCCCCUAAGGCCAGGAGGCGGCAUUCUAGGUCCAGAGACAAGGCCUUUAAGCCAUCACCCUUACGACAGGUGAUGACAGCUGAAGACCUCCCUACAACAGAUACAGAAGUCGAAAACGAAGGCCCUCUGACCUAUGCGACUCGAACAAACUUCCCAGUAUAUGCCCGGUACCGUUCCACUGGGACCAUCGAGCAAUACUCCAGUACAGCAUUCACGGCUGAUGCUGUUCAAUCCCGCCAAGAUGAACGCCAUCCUUCGACAGCAUUAGAUAAUUACUUCGAAUCAUCGAGUCGGAGCUCCUCUCCUCCUUUAUCUAUAUCUACAGCUCGCUCUAGCUCUCCAUCAACUUCGUAUUCAUCGUAUCUCCGAUCUCACAACUACGAAGUGGAUAUCACAGAGCCCUUGUAUUCCAUCGAAGAAUCUCAUAGCGAGGCAGAAUACCAUACCGAACCACCGACCAGCUCCCCUCGUCAUCUCAAAAGCUGGGGAUUGAUCCCGGGAAACCCACUAAAAAUCGACAACUGGCGAAAAACUUUACAACGCACUUUAAGCACCAGAAGAAUGCACUUUGAGUUGAUUUCCAAUCCUGGGUCUACCCAGUCGACUCCACCACUGGAAAUCGAAGUGCACGACGAAGAGGAAGAAGACAUUUCACCAACGGCAAACGCUCAAUCAGGUAACCGGUACUCCCAUUCUAUCCCUUUCAUCCUACCAGAUUACUCUCCUCCGGAUGUGGAAUCGGAAUUGGAAUCUCCGCCGACACAUUUAGAUUUAUCUUCGCGAACCCGCUUUGCUGACAGAUUCAGAUCAAAGAGCCACUCUCUUUAA